AUGCCUGGGGUCAAUUACAUCUCAAUUACAUCGACCCUUAUUCAGAUAGAGUCAGCCGGCAAAGGAUGCCAAUCCAAAUGGUCCAAAAGCUCCACUACGCCACCUACAGAAUUUAAAGAACCUAAAGUAGCACCCGCCCGGAGGGAGAUAUUGAGUGGAGAGAGCAACGGCCAAAAAGGGGAGACGGAGGCAUCACUGAUCUUUGGCGGAGGUAGCUAUCUAUCUUUCAUGAGGUUCCUAGUCGGCGGACCAAACCAGUCCCCACACGCCCGAUCACGAACACAGUUGUCUCAUAUCUAUCGAGAAGGGAAUGUCUCGGCCGAUACUGAUGAUCAAACCAGCCAGACUUCCCCUCGGACCCUUUCCUAUUUUAAUAAUAAGGCCUUCGUUCUCAAAUCCAACUCUAUUAUUCGCUUGGAGCUUAACUACUACAAAAAAAGGGAUAGGAAGACGCAUCAACUAUCGAAUCUUAUCUCUUUUUCGGGAGGGGAGGUCUACUGGAUCUAUCUCCAUAGCCACAAGACGAAAACGCAGGGUGGCCUUGGCGAAUAG